GGCCACGCCCACCCCGCGGGGCAUCGGAGCGCGAGCGGAGGUUGCGGUCGGUCCCCGCCGGCGCCACGCCCAGGCGUGCGGAGCGCGGUUCCCGGCGUCGCUACCCGCGGUCAUGUGACACAGCCAAGAUGGCGUCGCCCGCCUCCCUGUGGCUCUUGGCGGUCGCUCUCCUGCCCUGCACCGGCGCUGCUGGGGCACCGAGGCAGCACGACCCGCCGACUCCGCUGCCGCUGGUGAUCUGGCAUGGGAUGGGAGACAGCUGUUGCAAUCCCUUGAGCAUGGGUGCUAUUAAAAAAAUGGUUGAAAAGAAAAUACCUGGAAUUUACGUCUUAUCUUUAGAGAUUGGAAAGACCCUAAUAGAGGACGUGGAAAACAGCUUCUUCUUGAAUGUUAAUUCCCAAGUGAAAACAGUGUGUGAGACUCUUACUAAGGAUCCUAAAUUGCAGCAAGGCUAUAAUGCUAUGGGGUUCUCCCAGGGAGGUCAAUUUCUGAGGGCAGUGGCUCAGAGAUGCCCAUCACCUCCCAUGAUCAAUCUGAUUUCAGUGGGAGGACAACAUCAAGGUGUUUUUGGACUCCCUCGAUGCCCAGGAGAGAGCUCUCACAUCUGCGACUUAAUCAGAAAAACACUGAAUGCUGGAGCUUACUCCAAAGCUGUUCAAGAACGCCUGGUACAAGCUGAAUACUGGCAUGACCCCAUAAAGGAGGAUGUGUAUCGCAAUCACAGCAUCUUCUUGGCAGAUAUAAAUCAGGAGAGGGGUGUCAAUGAAUCCUACAAGAAGAAUCUGAUGACCCUGAAGAAGUUUGUGAUGGUGAAAUUCCUCAACGAUUCCAUUGUGGACCCUGUAGAUUCUGAGUGGUUUGGAUUUUACAAAAGUGGCCAAGCCAAGGAAACCAUUCCCUUACAGGAGACUUCCCUGUACACACAGGAUCGCCUGGGGCUAAAGGAAAUGGACAAAGCAGGACAGCUAGUGUUUCUGGCUAUAGAAGGGGACCAUCUUCAGCUGUCUGAAGAAUGGUUUUAUGCGCACAUCAUACCAUUCCUUGAAUGAGACCCUUGCAGUUUGCAACAGAGCUCAGGGAGCCCUCUUCCAAACCACGUGAGACAGUUUCCUUCAUGCCCAAGCCUGAGCUCCGAUCCAGCUUGCAACUAAUCCUUCUCUCCUGUCAUCAUCUAACAUGCCCUACUUGGAAAGAUCUAAGAUCCGAAUCUUAUCCUUUGCCACCCCCCUAUCACCAUAUGGUGUAGAAUGCAAGUUUAAUUAGUUAAAAUCCAUGGAGAUUGUUUUACAGUCUUUUGAUGUGGUCAAGCUGCCUUAGGAAAGGGAGUCUGCUACAGAUCAAUGCCAGAACUGUGCCCAGGCCCAGAUGAGAUUGAACAAAUUAAAGCAAUGAGAUCGAUUCUACAGGCAAACCUCCUCCCAAGUCUAGCCACAUUUCAUGCAAAGAGGUACCCAGGGCUGUGGUACUCACAUAAAUGCUUUCUCAGUUUUGCUGGUGAUUUAACCAGUGCUUGGAAAAGUACUUAGUUAUUUCUGCAUGAUUUCUUAAGGCUGUCUUCUCUUGGAGUAUGAUGCUUUCUGUACUGUCUUAGCAAUUAUUAGACAAAUAAUAAUUUGGCCUACUAUCUUGCCUUUGCAGUACUCAUUUUGUCUCCUCCGGUAGUGAUGAAUUAGUCGCUCUGUCACAAAAGGAGGGAAGUGGCUCCCAGUUGGGUUGCUUGAGAGAGGAAAUGUCCAUCUUGUAUAAUUUAGAUGGGGGGGAGGGAUAGUAGAAGUGAAAAACGAGGCAGCUAGUUCUUCCCAUUCCAUACUUGACCAACCUGCCCUCUCUUAAUAUGAUUAGUGGUGUGGAUGCUAGUGUUACUCUACUGCUGGCUUUAGCGGAGACUGGGAGGAACAAUGUGAAGAUCAAGCUUUCUAAGUUCAUCCCCCCAAAGUCAUAUUUACCAGCAUACUCCAAACUGUUUAUGAUGUGUUCUGUGAGAAAAGGAUUGUUUGCUCAAAGAGCUUAGAAAAUAUUAUACACUCCCCUUUUCCUUUUGGGGAAAUCAGUCCACAUUAGAAUAUCUAAGGACUCUGAGAAUUCCUAUUACAGUAGACAAAACUAACCUUAACUUACCAUUUCCUACACUAUUUAAGCAUGGAAAUCAUAGCCCCCACUCUGAAAACUUAUUAGCACUUUUUGAAAGACUGUUUUGUAGCACGCCAGUUGGGAUGCUUGAUGAAAAGACCUUGUUGGUGCUGCUAAGUUUACCCUUUAUGGUUUUUCCUUACUCUUGCUCAAGCCUUGUUCUUCAACUAAAAGAUGAGGAUUAAGGGCAAGAAGUGGGGGGAUGUGAAGAUAAUUUUAUGAGGUUGUCUAAAAUAAAGAGUAGUUUUCUUA